ACGCAAGCGACCGAACGACGCAACGAGAACGUAGCGAACGAAGCGUGUGUCAUCGUCGUCGACAGCGAUUAACGAGAGCGAGCACGAGCGAGCGCGUCCUGUCCUGCGCGUUUAGCGAUCGCAAAUCAUGAAGAUGCCGCAGCCUCGCGGAAGAGCGAUUUAACUGCACUCUCGGAAGAACACGGACUUGGAAUACUUCAACAACCGUUAGUAAGCGCGAGUGCGCUCCACUGCGAUACGGAUGCGACUCGGAAGAGGCACUCCGCUGCGAAGAGAACCCGCUCAACCGAGAAGAGAGGUCAUCGCUUUGACAGGUCGCGACACGCGAAGAGGACACUACGGCGGUGGCGGCGGCAGCGGCAGUGGUGGCGGCGGUGGCACCUCGUCGUCACGUCGCAAAUCCGCGAUAAACACUAGAAUUUAUGCCAUAAGUCACAAAGCUACAGAGGAAAAUAUCGUUAUGGAUACAAAUUCUAGAUGUGAAAGUAGCAAAAAUAUAAAGGCAUGUUCAAAAAGUCAACAUCAGGAAGAUAUUAAAUUGGAAGAGAACGACAAGCUCGAAGAUGUUUUUCCAUGGUUAUUGAAAUUCAGUGCAGAUAUAUGUUCGUCAACAGGAAGUAGAAAUUAUCAACACCUCGAACAAUUACUUUCAUUCUACACCCAGAAUAUUCUUUCUAGCAUAGCAGAGAGCACUGUCAAAUGUAAUGAUAAAAUUAAUUUCAAAAAUCAUAUUAAUAAAAUGUUGAUAUUCUUUCACUUGUAUUGGCUUGAUGUAAGACAGGACAUAGCUGAUCAUGGUCAAUAUUUAAAUAAAAUAUCAGCUUUGUUAAAUGUGUACAUAGACAUAGAGCUAAAAACUUCCAUGAAAAAUAAAAUUUCUAGUCGUAAUCUUAAUGAUUCUGAUAUUGCUGCAAAGAUUCUUGCAGCAUUGUACAUAUACUUAAAUAAUUCGGAAGAGCAUAUUUUUAGGAUAUUACUUAGAAUUGAACAUAUGACAAACUAUACAAAUAUCUGCAAUCAUAUAUUUACGAAGAUCAUUACUAAUCUCAAAACAAGGACAUUUAUCACCGAUGUAGCUUAUAUCAGAUGUGUGCUCGUCUUUAGAAUGUGGAGAAAAAUGCAAGAGACAACAAAGAGUUCGAUUCCCAGAAAUUCAAUGUCUUUUGAAAGAAAAAAAGGGAUUAGCCCUGACAAAUUAGCUAUAAAGCUACUAGGACCGCGUAUGCCGAAAUUACAAGAUGAAUUAUUGAAAUUUGUGCCUAGACCACCUAUGGAUCAAAUAAUUACGGAUCCUGAAACACAAUGGUUAAUACAAUCAAAUUUAUUUGAUGAAAAGCAAGUUCAUAAACAAUUCCUGCUGUUUGAAGACAAAAUGGAUAACUGUACAGAUUUACAAUGUGCUAAAACAAUUAAUGUUGAUCAGAGCUGUUCAAAGAUACAGAAGCAUCAGAUGAAUUUGUUAGACGAAAGUCGGAGCAACUCUAAUGGAGAUACAUCUCAACAGAAAAUAAAUAAAUGCUUAGAUGGCCUGCGAAACAAUAAUGCGUUAUCAAAUAAUGAAAACGUGUUUUUAGAUCAAACUUGUUUACAAAAAAGGGGAUCAAAACGCCUUAAAUCAUUGAAAAAAAUAAGAAAAAAGCCAAAAGUAAUAACAAUUGAUUUAACUGGAGAUGAUGACAGAAAUAUUCCUUACAAAGAAAAAAGAAAAAAGACUAAACGAAAUUCGGAAUGUUCGUUUCUCAGAUAUUAUGAAAAAAAUAUUAUGAAAAGUAAUAAGCGUAUUAAUCCUUUAAAAUAUUCUGUCAAGUCUACAAAUACCACUGAUAAAGAAUGUUCUAACAAAAAGAAUAAGAGCUUAAAAAUAAAAAUUCAUUCGGAAUGUAAACCUGUCGAUGACAUCAAAAUUAGUGAUACGGAGAAUUGUACUUUAAUUAGCACUAGAUUAUCCUUAAAUGAUGUCUGUCAUAUUAACCUUAAAAAGAAUGAGCAUUCAAAUAUAAUAAAGAAUCAAAUGAGUAAUACAUGUCUAGAAUUUGCGAAAGAGGAUGAAAAACAACAUGAUUACAAUUUACAUUACUUGAAAUCACCAAUGUUUGUCGAUCAAAAUACUAAAGAGUUUAAAGUUACUUCAAAUGUACUGAAAGAAAGUAAAUUAGAGAAUUGUGUAUCAUCAUAUGUGACAAUAGGAAAUGCAACUAGUUUUUAUGACAACUCGAUAACACAAAAUAAAGAAGCAUUGACAUCUCAGGAAGAAAGUGCCAUGGAGACAAUACCUUUAUUCAAGACGUGCCAAAACAAUAUUGCAGAUCAACAUUCUUUCAAGCAAGAACUACUGACAAGCACGGAUUGUAGUGCGAUGCAAAAAUCACACAAGUGUAAUUGUAAUACGAUGCCUGUUGAUAUUAAACACCUUAUAAUAAAAGAAUUGAAAUCUAUAAAUGAUCAUAGCUCACAAAUUACGGAAAUUAUAAAGCAGGAGGUAUGUCAUCAAGUUAAUGAAUGUCCAAAUUGUUAUACAAAAAUUGAUUGUAAACCGUUUAGAUUUACUAACAACGACAUUACUUCAGCAAAGGCACAAGAAACUUUGCAUAAUACAUUUAACGAUAAUGAAAAUGAUAUCAAAUUGGCUUGCGACACAAAUAUAAUUUACACUUUAAGAGAUUGUAAUAAAUGUGUUUAUGUUGUAAAUCAUAUCGAUGAACGUGUUAUGCUACACGCUGAAAAGAGAGUACAAUGUUUAGAUAAAUCCAACGACACAUGUACUGUUUCAACUACAUUUACUGAAGAUCAAAUUGCGGAGCCACCAUUGCAUAAUCAACAUGUCAAUUUUGAUAAUGUGAAAAUGAAUGAUUAUGACAGUGUUGCGAAAUACUCUGAAACUAUGAUGAAGGAACAACAAAGCGAUUGCGAUUCUUCUAUAUUAAACGAUCAAUUACAUUCUUCAGAAUCCUGUAUUAGUGACAUUAAUAAUUCUUUCAAUAUUGGUUCAAAUACAGAGGUAGAUUACGAUUUGAAAAGUUUCCCAAAAGAAGAAGCUGACGAGAUAACGAAGACUGAUUACGUAGGACUUGAGUCCAUAAAUUUCUUAAAUAAUAUUCAAAGUGAAACUGUUCUGGAGGAUUUCUUCUGGCAAUCUUCUGAAAAACAACCCCAAAUUAAUUAUGAUAAUUUAACGAAAAAAUCACUCAUGUAUACUGACAAUGAUAUUACUACAGUAAAAACACAAGAUUCUUUACACAAUAUAUUUAACGAUGAUGAAAAUGAAGUCAAGACACCUUAUGAUACAAGUAUAAUCUAUAUGUUAAACGAUCGCGAUAAAUGCAUUUAUGUUACAAAUACUGGUGAACACAUUACGAGCGCUGAAAAGAUAAUGCAAUGCCUAAAUAAUUCUAAUGACACAUGUACUGUCUCAACUACGUUUACCGGAGAUCAAAUUGUAAAAACACCAUUGGACAGUCAGCAAGUAAAUUUUGAUAAUAGAAAAAAAUAUGAUUAUGAAUUCAAAUGUUUUGAAGAUGAUACAAUGAAGGAACAAGGAAGAAGCGAUUGCGACACUUCGAUGUCGAACAAACCGUUACAUUCCUCUGAACUUUGUACAUUUGAUAUUGACUCUUUCGAAAUAGAUUCCAAAGAGGCUAGUGAAAUAUUGAAAACUGAUGGUAUAAACGAUUUUGAAAAUAUCAGUUUCUCACAUAAUUUUCAAACUGAAAGUUUGGAAGCUAUAUUAUCGAAUGACACCACUAAUUUCCUACCUCUGAAGCAAUCUCUGUUCGAAUUAGAGAAUGUGUAUACAGAUACAUCUUUAAACAAGAAAAACGUCCUGUGCAAUAAUCAAAAUGAUACUAUUGAUAGUAGCGUAGAUGUAGUACCUUCUCAUUUAUAUACUGAUGACACCCUUCCGAGAUUGCCAGCAAAGUCUGAUAAAUCUAUGUCAGUAAAUCAUAAUAAGUUUCACCACAAUGCCAAAUAUCUUUGUUUGGGUGAGUAUAACAUAUAUCUGUUGUGCAAAACUUCUCAUUUCAAAACUCGGGCUAUCUCCGUUAUAAUCAAGUAUCUUAAGAAAAAAGACGAAACGAAAAAACGCAAUUAUCAAUUUCUGCUGUAAUUACGAAAAUUAGUUUAAAUUUAUAAGAAAAUGUUUAAAAAUGUAAUACAUAUAUUUAACAUAAAAGAAAGUACGAGAAAUCUAUGAAAAAGACGAUUGGAAACAAUUAUAAGUUAUUUACGCGUAUAACAUACAAUGAAUCCGUAUGAAAAGAUUGAAAUCUCAAGUAUCAUUUACGUCUAUAAAGAAAAAAUUACAAUAUUAUUUCAAUUUUAAAAUUAAAAUUUCAAAAUUGUAAAUAACACAUUUUUCUAGAUAAUUUUUUUUAUUAGAGAUAACGAGUUUUCAAAUGAGAUGUUGAAUAUAUUAUAGCCUUUUGCGAUCCGAUUUUCCUAGAAUAUUCCAAAUUCAAAUUAUUCUCGUAUAUGAUGAUAAAAAAGUAUUUAACAAAUUUAACAUACUUUAUUAAAAUAUCAAUAAAAAGGAUACAUAAAGAGCUUGCCGAAACAGCUCUUCUUACAAUGUCAUUUUCUUUAGAUCUUGUUGAAUUAGAACAUUUGAUUAUAAAUUAUUAAAUGUAGUAGAAUUGGAUUACAAAAGCCUAAAUAUAAUAAAAAAAUUUAUGUUUA